AUGGGAAGUUUUGGUUCCAAAAGUAAGCAACCAGCCAGUGAUCGAAAGACUUCCUCUAUACAGCGGUCGGAAAUGAUAUCCGAUGGCUACACGGCGAAAAGUUCUUCGGUGACAAUGACGAAACAAAUAAGAAUAUCGCAAACGGUACAAAGUACAAGAACAUUCACAGCUGCUACGCAAACUAUCCAAUCUACCGGCACGGGAACAACAACGAGCGUGCCUACGCAAACGUACAAACAGGUCUACAGGAGACCUUCGCUCACCACACUGCCCGAUGCAUCUGUGGUGCGACCGUCAAGCGCACAAACCUAUGAAUUUAGCAGGCCACCAAUUCCUAAUACCGCCACCUAUACACCCGCAACGCAUGGCAAUGAUUACGACCUGUCCAAAAAAGCGUACGUGCUAGUAUUUCAUCAUUACAAAUUCCAGACAAGUAAGCAUAACAGAGAAGGUAGUUCUAAGGACAUGAGGAAAAUCGAAGAGAUCAUCCGAUACUACCGAUGCGAUAGGCCUGACAUCAACGAAAACAAAACCGCUCGUGAUGUACGAAAGAAAAUGGAAACAAUAUCAAAAAAAGAUUUCACCGAGUACAGUUGCCUGAUUGUGUUUAUUAUGAGUCACGGCGAUGAGCAGGAUUCGAUUAUGGCAUAUGAUGGAAACAUGUACUCACUGCAGAGUGAUAUUGUGGAGCAGUGCACUAUGAACCGUACAUUGAACGAUAAGCCAAAGAUAUUCGUCGUGCAAGCUUGCCGGGGAGAUGCGAAGAUCGUGGCCGAUGCAACGCGCUCAAUGAGCCAUAAAAUCGACAUAGUCGCCUUUCAAAGCUCUUAUCAAGGGACGGUGUCAUUUCGUCACGUAGAACAAGGAAGCUUCUUCAUGCAAGCCUUUCUACAGUUGCUUCAUGGAAACAACCAGAAAAGUAUUCUCGACGUCAACGAAGAACUAAACAGAGAGUUCAGAGCGAAAAACAUUCUACAAACUCCAACACUGACGACAACGCUGCAGAAAAAGUUGAUAUUUGGUCAAUUGCUUCGGCGGCCCUAA